AUGGAGCAUAUUUCAGAAUUCAAUGCCGAAGAUUAUGCAGAUGAUCAAGAAGCUAGUUUAGAAGAAUUAUUUGAUCAUUUUGAUAAUUUUGUAGAAUACCUUCAAAUUAAUGAUAAUAUCGAUAUUAAUAAAUUACCUCCUAGUGCAAUAUUAAUUAAGCGUAAUAGCAAUCCUCCUCGUAGUAAAUCCAUUGAAGGCAUUGAAUAUAGUAUUCCAUCAAGUACUGACUUCCAUAAGUGGGUGCAAGAGUUUAGUAAAUCGACUGGAACGGCUUAUGUAAGACGUAAUAUUGAGAAAAAUGAAGGAAAU